AUGGCUAAUAAUCUUUUUUUUCUUUUUUUUCUUCUUUGUAUCUCUUUCACUAUUGCUUCCUUUGUGAUUAGUACAGAUGUGAGAAAAGCAGUCUCAAAAAUUAGACCUGAUGAUCUCACCCCAACUGGCAGUGACUUCGCUUAUGUAUGUGAUCCUUCCAGAUAUGCCAAACUCAAUCUGGACAUGUCAAGAUUCGCAUUUUGUGACUCAAAGCUUCCCUACAGUGUUAGGGCGAAAGAUCUCGUGAGACAAAUGACACUACCUGAAAAGAUAGCACAGCUAGGAAAUAGUGCUGAAGGGGUGCCUAGAUUGGCACUGCCUAAGUAUGAGUGGUGGUCUGAGGCUCUCCAUGGUGUGGCCAAUUUUGGUAAAGGAACCAUCUUUGAUGAUCUAGUUCCUCAUGCAACCAGCUUUCCCACUGUCAUUCUCACAACAGCUUCAUUCAACGAGUCACUCUGGAAAGAAAUUGGUCAGGCUGUUUCAACAGAAGCACGAGCAAUGUACAAUCUUGGGCGGGCUGGAUUAACAUUUUGGAGUCCAACCAUUAACAUUGCCAGGGAUCCUAGAUGGGGAAGAAUUGCUGAGGCACCUGGUGAAGAUCCUUUCCUUGUUGGCACCUAUGCUGUUAAUUACGUGAGAGGUCUACAGGAUGUUCAAGGAACAGAGAACUAUAUAGAUUUGAGUAGUAGACCACUCAAAGUUUCGGCAUGUUGCAAGCACUUUACUGCAUAUGAUGUUGAAAAUUGGAAAGGAGUUGAUCGCUACCAUUUCGAUGCUAGGGUGACGGAGCAAGAUAUGGAAGAGACAUUCAAUCCGCCUUUUGAAAUGUGUGUUAAAGAUGGUGAUGUUAGCGGUAUUAUGUGCUCUUAUAACCGCGUUAAUGGGAUACCUAGUUGUGCUGAUCCAAACCUCUUGAAGCAAACACUUAGACAAGAAUGGGAUCUUCAUGGAUAUAUAGUUUCAGAUUGUGAUUCCGUGAGCGUAAUGGUGACCGGUCACAAUUUUCUUAACGAUACAUAUGAGGAUGCUAUUGCACAAACACUAAGAGCAGGGAUGGAUUUGGAUUGUGGAAAGUCCUACCCCAAGUACACUGGAAAUGCAGUGAACCAAUCAAAGGUUAGAGAGUCAGAUAUAGACAAGGCACUAGAAAACCUUUAUAUUGUGCUUUUUAGAACAGGUUUUUUUGAUGGAAUCCCUGCAUACAAAUCUCUUGGAAAAAACGACAUAUGCACCAACAAAAGCAUUGAGUUAGCCACACGAGCAGCAAAAGAAGGAAUUACUCUUCUGAAAAAUGAAGGUGGAACUUUGCCUUUAAGUACAGGCAUGUUCAAAAAUCUAGCAGUUGUUGGACCACAUGCCAAUGCUACCAUUGCGAUGCUUGGAAAUUAUGCAUUUGAAUCAAAACAUCCUGGUAGUCCAUGCCAUUACACCUCUCCUAUUGAUGGCUUUUCAACAUAUGGAAAGGUAAAUUAUGCAGCGGGAUGUGGUGACAUUGCAUGCAAUAAAACAAGCUUAAUACCCCAAGCUGUGGAAUCUGCAAAGAUAGCUGAUGCCACAAUAAUUUUGGUAGGGUUAGAUUUAACAGUUGAGGUAGAGAAAUUAGACAGGGUGGAUCUCCUACUACCAGGAAACCAGAGUGAGCUUAUCAACCAAGUUGCCAAUGCAGCAAAGGGCCCAGUUAUUCUUGUAGUCAUGUGUGCAGGAGGUGUGGAUAUCUCUUUUGCCAAGAAUAACCCCAAAAUCAAAGCCAUCCUAUGGGUUGGAUAUCCUGGAGAGGAAGGUGGUCGUGCCAUUGCAGAUGUUGUUUUUGGCCUAUACAAUCCCGGUGGAAGAUUACCAGUCACGUGGUAUGAAGCCAAUUAUGUUAAUAAGAUACCCCUAACAUCCAUGCAAUUCAGGCCAGAUGAUAGCAAAGGCUACCCAGGGCGAACUUACAAAUUCUUCAAUGGCUCCACAGUCUUCCCAUUCGGUUUUGGUCUCAGCUACACAAAAUUCAAUUACUCCACCAUACAAGCUUUACAGACUUUGCCCGUAAAAUUGGGUAGACAUACACACUGCCACGAUCUAAAUUAUAUGGCUAACAAGACCAAGCCUACUUGCCCUGCAAUUUUAUUAAACGACUUGCAAUGCGGCGAGUAUUUCAAGUUAAACAUUGAAGUCAAGAAUGUGGGCAAAAGAGAUGGGAGUGAAGUUGUGUUGGUUUAUUCCAAGCCCCCAGAUGGUAUUAUUGGAACUCAUUUUAAGCAGUUGAUCGGUUUCAAGAGGAUUUUCGUGGCAGCUGGAGGGAGAGAAGUGGUUAAUUUUGUGUUCAAUGGUUGCAAGAGCUUGGGCAUUGUAGACUAUGCUAGUAAUAGACUAUUGCCUUCCGGUGGGCACACCAUUAUAGUUGGAGACGGUGUAGCUUCCUUUCCCCUUCAAGUCACAUUUCAUUAAAAAAGAGAAUUGUUUGCUAUAAAAAUACCCGUUGCUUAUGAUAUUUCCAUUUUAGAAGGCUAUAAAUAUUAUCUCUCAUGGAAA